CCAGCUUACAUCGAGAAAGCCAGUCCUUCUUGGAUGCCCUCUAUUCCUAUAGCUGUGGUCGUGGGAGAGGUUCUCUAUAGGGCGACCAGAUGUACGUGUUCAUGAGCCUAUAGACGCCAUGUUUGAUGUUGACGGCAUCGACAUGCCUACUUUCGGUCUGUGUUGGACUCGUCGCGAGAGACGCUUUGCUAGUGAUCAGACCAGGAAGGCAUACACAGCAUUGAACGAGCAGUUCGAUGCGUACACCGGGGUCAUCUGGCAGCCCUACACGGAAGCAGCCAUACAAGCGAGAUACCCUGCUGGUAUGUCUGUGCUAUGCACAAGGGACCGAGAUUACUGGAUGACAAAAUCUAAGAUCAUCUUCGAUGUCUUCGUCGAGGAGAUGGCACAACAGAGGGUUAUGAGGCAAUUUGGUCUUCUGCAGUUGGAGCUACCUCCCCCUAUAGAGAACCCGGUGCCAGCACACAUCCACAGGACGACAAGGAAGGGCAUGAACAGGACAACUGCUGACUGGCUAGUUAGACUAGAGCCGUAUGUUAUAGAAUGGGAGACAGCAAACACAAAUCUAUGGCACGAGAAUCACAAUUUCGAUCUCGAUGAAUUCAAUCUCUAUUUGCGGCGCUACAUGACCGGAACACGGUUACGCAUUGUUGAGUACUCCCACCCAGAGGAGAUACCGGAUCCUACUCCGUCGGAUAUGUACCCGAGCUAUGAUACUUCGGGCUCUAGGCAGUACGCGGCUACCUUGACACGCGAACUCUACGACGACGUGACCACCUUUGGACGAUCACUAUCGUCUGGACCUCUUCUUCAUCAUCGUCCAGUGGUACAGCCCUUCUUGGAAAGAAUUCGGAAUAAGAUACGGACUGUGUACGAGGCUAUCACGUGCACCCGGAGAACCGAUGUUGUUCAGCACCAGCAGGAGCAGCCGCGUCACUCCAUGCACCGACAUCAACCACGUCCACGUCUAGCACAUCAGCCGAGAACCAGGCCACCACGUCCUGACCAACCUGGCAGUUCUACGUGGCACCCGCAGCACUAUGGUCCCACAUCGAGCUUCGUGUUUUCUCCACAGCUACAGCAACACGGUCCCUCUUCGAGCUUCGUGUUAUCUCCACAGCCAUAG